UAUCUACGAGCCGGAGGAUUCGCCUUUUGGGGAAGUGAGUGAGUGAGAGUGCGUUUAGUAAACCUUAGUUUACCUUAGUCUCUAUGUCUCUAUGAUGACACAAAGAGCUCUUUAGGAAGGAAAACUCGACGUUGUCGUCACGUAUUUUACAUUUGCACAUGAAAGGUUUGUCUUAACCGAUAAUGACUCGGCCGGUAUUAACACUCAACCCGUGAUUCGUUCGAGCCGAGUCUCGUGGGACCAUUUGACACCGCAAUUGCGGGACGCCCGAACGAGGAAAACGGACGUUGCUUUGAGUGGCCUGACUGAGCAGCACGCCAAACUUGGAACUAGGUGACACGCUGGAAGAGACUCAUCCAGUCCGAGGAGGAGGCUGUGGCGAUGCCCGAACAUGUGAGCUGAACGCCGGGAAAGCCGACAUCGACAACGACAUCAUGCUGGUCCGGAGCCCUCAUGUGCGCGGAAGGGCCAGGGUGACGCACGCCGUCAUCGUCAUCUUCCUGGAGUUCUUCGCAUGGGGGCUGCUGACCACACCCAUGCUGACGGUACUCCACGAAACCUUCCCGCAGCACACAUUCCUCAUGAACGGACUCGUGCAAGGCGUCAAGGGUUUCCUGUCAUUCCUGUCCGCUCCCGUGAUCGGCGCCCUGUCUGACAUCUGGGGCAGGAAGUCUUUCCUUCUGAUGACCGUGUUCUUCACAUGCGCCCCCAUCCCCUUUAUGAGGAUCAGCCCCUGGUGGUACUUUGCACUGAUCUCUGUGUCAGGAAUCUUCUCCGUGACAUUCUCCGUGAUCUUCGCCUACGUCGCCGACAUCACGGAUGAGCAGCAGAGGAGCACGGCGUACGGCCUGGUGUCUGCGACAUUUGCGGCCAGCCUGGUGACGAGCCCCGCCAUCGGCGCGUACCUGUCGUCGCAGUACGGAGACAGCCUGGUGGUCCUGGUCGCCACGGUGAUCUCGGUGGCCGACAUCGCCUUUGUCUUCUUCGUGGUGCCCGAGUCGCUGCCCGACAAGAUGCGACUGACCACGUGGGGUUUCCCGCUCUCGUGGGAGCAGGCGGACCCCUUUGCCUCGCUGCGUCGUGUGGGCAAAGACUCGACAGUUAUGCUCAUCUGCGUCACGGUCUUCCUGUCGUACCUGCCGGAAGCCGGGCAGUACUCCAGCUUCUUCCUCUACCUCAAACAGGUCAUUGACUUUUCUCCCGCUGCCAUUGCCGCCUUCAUCGCCAUGGUUGGCAUACUGUCCAUCAUUGCACAGACGCUGCUCCUCAGUGUACUGAUGCGCACCUUGGGCAAUAAGAAAACGGUCCUGUUGGGUCUGAGUUUCCAGCUGCUGCAGCUGACCUGGUACGCCUUCGGUUCUGAGCCCUGGAUGAUGUGGGCGGCAGGCACAGUAGCAGCCAUGUCAUCCAUCACCUUCCCGGCCAUCUCGGCCUUGGUUUCACACAGCGCCGCCCCGGAUCAACAAGGUGUGGUCCAGGGCAUGAUCACAGGCAUCCGAGGCCUAUGUAAUGGUUUGGGCCCGGCUCUGUAUGGAUUCAUUUUCUUCCUCUUCAAUGUGGAGCUCAGCGACGACCAGACCGCAGAAGGACGAGACACGCAACACAUUAAGAAGUCGACCGUUCCCGGACCCCCUUUCCUGUUCGGCGCCUGCACGGUGGUCUUCGCGCUCAUCGUGGCCGCGUUCAUCGUCGAGCGUCCGCCCGCCGCCGCCGCCAUCAAGACGUGCUCGGUCAGGAAGUCGAGCGGCGUCGGCGGCACGCCCGCCGCCGCGUCCUGUGCACGCACUCAAGAUAGCGGAGCCCAGGCCACCCCCGCCAGCGACGCCGAGGAUAUCGAGCCGCUGUUACAGGACAGCAGCAUGUGAUUGUCACGACACUAAACAUAUCGGAGAGGUCCAAGCAUCGCUGUAAGCAUGGCGAUCGCCACGUCCUGUUUCCUUGGAAACGCCACUUGACUAUUGAUGAAUUUUAAUUUGAAAGAACUCAUUGGAGCAAUUUCCUGUUCCAUUGGCAUGUUUUUUAGCCAAAUACACUUGUUGUGAUGUCAUCAAAUGUUUUUGUCCUUUUAUUAAACUGUUACUAAAACUGAAAGAUGUACUGUGA